CUGACAGAAUACACAUGGAUCCUGAUGCCAUACCAAGCAUCUGACGAUCACUGGGUGCUUUUGGCCGCCAACGUCCAAGAUGGAACAAUCCGGGUGGUCAACACAGCACCAACCAAGCAUCCAGAUGUCGCCAUUGAAAUAGCAGACCACUGGAGGAAGUACAUGAAGUAUCGUAGUUCCCACACUGGACAGAACCUGACUAGAUGGAAGCUGGAGGAAUGUCAUGUGUUGGAGCAAACAGACCCACCCAGUAGUGGAGUCCAUGUUUUGAUGGCAGCAGAGUCAAUCCUACGUGGAACAUCACCUGUAGUGAUGAGAAAUUGCCAUGUCCGAAGGUUCCGGCAGUAUGCACUCAAUAACAUUCUCAAUGCAGCUAACUUUGAUAUGCAGGAGGAGCAGAUUGUGGAUGAUGAGGAUGAUCUCCUUGCUGAGGACAACUUGCCAACAGGAGCUGAUGGUUGUCCAGAGUCGAUGGACAGAAACACUCUGUCUUGGGGUGCUGGGUCCAGUCAGACCAGUGCCACCACAUGCACCUCCGCCAGUGCUGUCCCCUCUUGUAGCUCAGCCUCUGGGUCAGGUGUACAAGGCAGAGAGUCACCAGUUGGGAGGACCUCACCCCGAAAUCCCAAGAAGAGGAGUCUUUCAUCAGGAACAUCCGUGAUUGAUAGUCAGGACAAGGCAAUAGAUUUCUCCCUGGCCCAAAGCGGGGGCAUAUCUGAAGAUGGACAGCCCAGGAGCUCGGACAGUGGUCGCAGCUGCCGGACUCGCAGUCCCUCUCAGUUUGCUGGUUCUCACCCUAAAGACCAUAACUAUGCCAAUGGAGCGUUGGCCACACAGGGAGCAGCCUUCCUCAAGCCCACUCCCCACACUAUUCCAAGUGCUGACAACCUAGAGAAUGUACCUCGGCAAGUGAUAAACCCUGUUCCAGUGUUUAGACCAUCAGGGUUUUUGUUCCAGAAUGGAUAUGUUCCCAAACAUCCACCUCCAAUGUAUCCAAUAGAUAAUUUGUAUCGUGGACCUGGCCCCUUCCCGAAUCCCCUCUCCUCCUCAACUGUCCAGGAGAAACCUUGUGAUAUGAGCAUGCAAUCUCAGAUAGCUCUAGACUCUCAACCCAGCACGUCCUCUCAGUAUAGUUAUGUACAGAUGAACUAUGUUGAAGAUGUUGAAGAUCUAAGAGUAAACCCAUCCAGCACCUUUAACCAUCCUCAUCUACCCCCUCCAUAUCGGGUGUCGGAGUCUGAUGGGGCAACUUACACCGAGCUCUCGAAUGUUCGUAUCUCUGAUCUGCAGUCAAGCAACCUCAUCACAAGCUCUCAGACCAUUGCUGAAAAUGAGAAUGUGGCAAUGAAGACUGUUGUGAGGCAAGCUUCACCAUCUCCGUCAGUGUCAUCUGAUAACAGUAACAUCAUUAUUGAUGUUGUGUCACCGGCUCCAGAUCAGAGACUAGCUGCUGAAUCAUCACAAGAUGGAUUUGCUCAUGUGAAUCAGCCAUCAACAAGUAGAGAUGUGGGCGACCAAGAACUGUUCCAGCCAUCUGUCAGUAGACAAGGAUCUGAGAGUGGUCCGUCCGGAGGGGCAGGAGUUGAUGGUCGGUCUGCAUCUCCGUAUAGUAACCCUGAGGACAAUGAUCAGGAAGAAGAGGAAGAUCUUAGUAACCUGAACAUGCUUAGCGCAGUAGCAUCCAAAGAUACAUGAUUGUUGUCUCAGCGACUUAAACCCUAAUCAGUAAUAUUGUUCCAUGAAUUCAUGGUACAGUGCAGGAUAAAGGAGAGAUGAGCAUCUGUUGGGUUGCUACAGAAGCUGCUGGGUUCCAGGCAGGGCAACAAAUUCAGGGAUAAAUUAACACAUGUGUAAACGAUUGUCCUGAAGCUUCGUGUUGGAUACACAUCUUGCAAACCUGCUCACAUGUCUGACAUUCAGAAACUGUUGGGACAUGCAGAACUUCACUUCAGUAAAUUAUUGUUUCUGUUCCAACAAAUGUAUGAUGCUUUCUCCAGUAGUGCUUGGGACAUGUGCCAUGUGUGGUAACCAUUCGAACUUUGCUUAUGGAAUAUUUUCAUCAUGUUAUGGAAUUCAUUAAGUUUGAUUACUGUGUAUUCAACUAAGAAAUUUUGUUCUAUUAUAUUUUAUCAUGAUCACCUUGUUUGUUAUGAUAGUGUAAUUAGUUUGUGCACUAAUAACUAUUAGAUUAUGUGCUUAUUAAUUUAUUUGUUUUAAUGUUGAAUUUUUAGAUAUGCCUUCCCUUACCCAACAGUUUUACUCUUACAUUUCUUAUUAAUUUAAAUAAAACUAGUUUUAAAACAUCUGAAAGUUUAAAAACUUAAUGGGAAUAUUGAUUCAUUUAGGAAUUCUUUGACAACAAAAUAUUAUGUUCACUGUUUUUAAGCCAUAAAUCUAAAUUGGAUGAAAAAAAUCAAGAUGAAAUCCAAACUGGGAUGAUAAUUCAUAUUGAUGAUAGUAUCCUGUGUUCGUGACUGUUAUAGAGUAGGCAGGAAUAUUUCUUCAGUCAUCACCACAUUCACUGAGACCUCGAUUCGAUUCGAUUUUCGAUAUUGGACCUUCAAUUCGAUCAUUUUCGAUUCAAUUCUUGAUACAAUUAAAAACAGCAGAUUUCAUUUAACUCUCUGAGUCGACAUUUUUAGCUUGAAAUCCAUUGUCAACUUGGCAAUGUCUACUAACAACAAUUCUCAUCGGAUGAUUAGCCAGUAGUCAACCAAUCAUGCUUCGCCUUAUUCCAGCACUUAAAUCUGCUUGAGUUGGAGUCAAAAUUACGUUCUGGCUGCGUGGAAAUAAUUUAAAUAGGUAUUCAAAUAUCGAAUUGAAAUAGUGAUAAUGGUUAUCGAAAAUCGAAACUAAGGUGUCAGAUUCGAAUCGUUGCAGCCCUACUAAAGACCUGCCCAGGUAUAAUUAAGUCAAAUAUAUUCUU